AUGUUGGUUUUUGCACCCUUUAUUCUCUUCGCCGCGGUCGCGGCGUUACAAAAUCCGCAUCGCAAGGCUGCAUCUUUUAAACAACCUGCGAACGUUCUGCGCAAAAGAGAGGUUUCCGCUGCUCCGGCUGAGCAUAAGUACCUGAACAAGAAGACGGAAAAAUUCCAAGUGAACGGAACUCACUUCCCACAAGUUCCUUUUGACAUCGGCGAAAGCUAUGCCGGUCUUUUGUCGAACAAACCUCAUGGAGAACCGUCGAGUAAGCGUCCUGGCGAAUCAAGCUUGUUCUUCUGGUUCUUCCCAUCCACCAACCCAGCUGCGGAAAAGGAGAUUACAAUCUGGCUUAAUGGAGGCCCCGGAUGCAGCUCACUUGACGGCCUGCUGCAAGAGAACGGCCCCUUCCUGUGGCAAUCUGGAGUGUACGAACCUGUGCGCAACCCCUACUCAUGGACUAACUUGACAAACCUCGUCUACAUCGACCAGCCUGCCAGCACUGGCUUUUCUCCGGGACCAUCCACUGUUGAGAAUGAGAUCGAUAUCUCUAAUCAGUUCAAUGAUUUCUGGGUGCGCUUCAUUGAAACCUUCAGCAUGCAGAGCUACAAGAUCUAUAUCACUGGAGAGAGCUAUGCUGGUCAAUACAUUCCGUAUCUGGCAGACGGGAUGUUAAAGCGCAACGACACCACGCAUUUCAACCUCAAAGGCAUCCAGAUUAACGACCCGUCCAUUAAUGAGGAUAAUGUUAUGAUCUACGCCCCGGCAGUGGCAGCGCUGAACCACUACUCCUCUGUUUUCGCACUGAACGACACCUUCAUGACAGAAAUUAACCACCGCGCCGACGAAUGCGGGUACACCAAAUUCCUAGACACAGCCCUGACCUACCCCCCACCAAAGCAUUUCCCGACCGCACCAGACAUCAACAAGCCGGGCUGCGCCGUCUGGGACGAAAUUGUAAAAGCAGCGACCUACGUCAACCCCUGUUUCAACAUGUACCACCUGACAGACUUCUGCCCCUUCCUCUGGGACGAAAUGGGCUUCCCCUCGUUAGCCGGCGGACCGAACAACUACUUCAACAGCUCCGCCGUCCAAGCCGCCCUCAAUAUCCCGCCAACAAACUACGAAGUCUGCGGCGGCGACGUCUUCAGCAACGGUGAUGGUUCCGUCCCCAGCGCGCUCGGUCCACUCCCCAGCGUCAUCGAGCGCACCAACAACGUCCUCAUCGGCCAUGGCUGGUACGAUUACCUGCUCUUCGCCAAUGGAACUAUUGCUACGAUCCAGAAUAUGACUUGGAAUGGCGCGCAGGGAUUCCAAAAACCACCUAACGAGCCCCUGUUUGUGCCGUAUACGACUGCUCUCGAUGGUCUUGCGAAUGGACACGCGAGUAUCCCCUGGAAUGCCGAUUCCGGCGGCGGUAUCCUUGGAACGGCGCAUACUGAGCGUGGUCUUACGUUCAGCUCGGUCUAUACUGCUGGUCAUGAGAUCCCGCAGUACACUCCCGGUGCGGGUUAUAGGCAGUUGGAAUUCUUGCUUGGGAGGAUUAAGAAUCUUCAGCAGAAGGGGUCUUUCACGACUGCGUAA